AUGGACGCAUGUUUACCACUCAAACCGUCAGACAGUCUUGUCGCAGAAAUUACUCAGCUGUAUGUCAUUGAGGAAUGGAGCCUAAAGCGGAUGAGAUCAUCACGAUCGACUCCCCGCAAAACAGUGGAUCAAUGGAAGGCCUUUUUAAAACGUCAUGGAAUUACGAAGAACCUCUGCUGGGAGGAAGUAUCGAAGAUCAAAGGUGAAAAAGGCUCAGCAGUCAACAAUUGGACGAGUCUAGUGCUAGCUGACGGCCUACUUCUGGACAAUAUGGACAUUGCUCAACACUAUAAAAGAGGGCAACGUUAUCGCCGUACUCCACAAAAACGGGAGGCUAGGAAUAUCACCUAUGUCGAUCUCCCCUUCCGGCUCACGAUUUUGCAGGACCCCGAAGUAUUUAAAUCUUUCCGACGAUUUCUCUUCUACACGCGACUGCAUUUUGAGACUUCAUUUGAGCGGGGCAUCUGGGCACCAAAUCCACAAGGUCUCUAUGCCAGAUCUAUGGAUCUUCGGCUGAGGCUAUCAGAGCUCAGUGAGGUACAUAACAAGAUUGUUGACGCCUUGGAGCAAUUCAGAGCGGGUCGGUCCGAACGAGGUUGGGCUAUCGUGCGCGACUCAUUCAAGGUUCAUGGGAACCUCGUCGGAAGCAAUCAUCAUCGACAAUUUCCAGAUCUACUUGCAAUUCUCCUCCUUCUUCAAAGGGGUGGCCACGGUCCUAUUUCGCGGCACAUGGUCGAAAAUCUUCUAGCCUGGUCCCAGAGCAUUUUGAAGCCAAAUGACCCCCGUCGUAUCUUAUUCCAAUGUUUACCCAGACUUUCUUUGGACCCCCACGGCCAUCUGUACCAGUCUUUUGACUCGUACUGUCGUCGGCUGUGGCAAGUGAAUGCUAGAUGCGAUGAGAUCCGGGCUUACGUAUCUUACAAUCAGGCCAGUUUUCCCAGAGCUGACAUCGGCGAGUUCUACAAUCUCUUCGAAGGGAAGCCAAUAGAGCAGAUCUAUGAAACCCUGCAUACCGCCGACAUUGAGCUGGGAGAUGCAAGCCACGAGACAUUCACCUUAUGGCACACUGCAGUGAGGAGCCUGGGAAGAGAUGGGAGAUACGGAGACAUGACAAAUGUCGUUCGCUCGUUGUGCACACGCAUCUAUCCCCUCGCGGCCACCUUCGGUCACCAUGAACAUCGGCAACUAAAUCUCGACUCUGCACUGAGCUUCUUUUUGCUCGGGGGCGCAGAAGAGAUCCUAGGGGACUUGCACGAUGCGAGGUUAUCUUUCCAGGAGGCAAUUAAAAUAAGGAGUUGGAAUAUCCCUUUCGAGAAGAAUGACCAUGCCAAAGCAGCUGCUUUGCGAAGAUUAUUGUCUAUCGCUCUGAAGUUAGGAGACUUGUCAGCAGCGAAGGAUUGUAACCGCUGGUUGGAUAGGAUGUACUCUGAGGUGGAGCUGAGAGACAAGGAGGAACGUGAGAAAGCGAGUCGAAUUUCUCUCUGA